CACCUGUGCCACCCAGCAGUGCACCCACCUAAGUGCCACCCACCUGUGCCCACCCACCUGUGCCCAUCAGUGCAGCCCAGCAGUACUGCCAGUCAGUGCCCAGAGGUUGUGCCAGUCAGUGUCCAGCAGUUGCGCCAGUCAAUGCCUAGCAGUGCCACCAGUCAGUGCCCAGCAAUGAUGCCAGUGAGUGACACCUAUCAGUGCUGUCUAUCAGUACCACCUAUCAGUGCUGCCUAUCUGUGACACCUCAUUAGUGCUGCCUAUCAGUGCCGCCUAUCUGUGCCACCUCAUUAGUGCUGCCUAUCAGUGCCGCCUAUCAGUGCUGCCUAUCAGUGCCCAUCAGUG